CAUGAAGGGUGCAUCAGAAAAACGGAACAAUUGUAGAAAGUAACGCUGUAGCGAUAUCUUCAUGUAGUUUGGAAGCCCUUAGUGUUACACUUGGAUAUGGUUGUGGAUUUUACAGUUGGUUAAUAACCUCAUCAUUCAAACCGACCCUGCACGAGUCUGAAUUCAUUAAUCCAGUACAUCGGAUGAAGGUCAGGGAGUUUCGUAUUUGAUCCAUUCAAUCGAAACUGCCCUUCCUUUCUUCAAUAGUUUUGUCUAUAGACACGCGCCUGCUAGGGCGGGUCACUCGUGCAUUGUCGCCCAGCAGCCAAUCACAGAACGCGUGUGUGCCGGGGUCUUGCCUAUAAAUAUUAUCUGUUUCUCACAAACAGCACAAACAUACUGUACUUCUGUUUUAUCCUCAUCAACAUCUUCUCAAUUUAGCUCUACAAACGUAACUAUCUAUCUUCAAGAUGGAAGCUAUUGGCAAAUCUCUGAAGGAAGCUCUCAAGUCUGCCCAGUGUGAGGAUCGCCUCACUGUUGGUGUCUAUGAGAGUGCCAAAAUAAUGAAUGAUGACCCAGACAGCGUGUCUCUCUGUGUUCUGGCCACCGAUGAGGAGUGGGAGUGUGACAUUGCUCUCCAGAUCCACUUCACCCUCAUCCAGUCUUUCUGUUUUGACAACGACAUCAGCAUCGUCAGAGUGAACGACAUGCAGCGCCUGGCCAAGAUUGUUGGGAACAAGACUGGCCAGCUUGAAGAUGCCCACUGCUGUCUUAUCACGAACCCAGCUGAUGGUUCUUGGGAGGACGCUGCUCUGGAGAAGCUGCAUCUGUUCUGUGAGGAGAGCCACAGUCUGAACGACUGGGUUCCAGAGAUCACCCUUCUUGAGCGCUGAUCUUGACUCUUCUCUCUUGAGAUGCUGUAAACCUUCAACCUAUAAGGAAAUACUCAUCCGUUUACAGGAUGACACUGUUUCUCAUCCCUGGAUACUCCUGAGAAGGAUUCCGUUCCAGGCAGCGCGAGGCCGGCCCGAGUGGCCCCCGCGAUUCGUUGUCUCUUGUCCCGUCCAUACCAAGAUGACUUCCAUUCUUUAUGUGAAUGGGGUCAGGUAUGCCACGAGAGCGACAAAAAUGGCCCUCAUUCUUUGUGCGGAUGAGGUUUGGAGAGAAAGGAGAAGCGAGUUCUGCAUUUUGUGGUCCAAAGAGCAAACGUCUCACGUUGAAGCACGCGCAGUAGGAGAAGAAGCGGUGCCAAGAAGAAGCGUUCUUAAAAAGGGACUUUUUAAAAUGUCUUCUUGCUGAGCAGCAAUAACAACCGUUGCAUUCAGCGAUAUACUUCCCACUUUCCAGAAUUGUCUUAAUUCUCUAAAGGUUUCACUUCAGAUGAUUUAAAUAUGACAAAAACAAAAAACAGAAAUACAUUUUUAAAAAUGUACUUAGAAUACUCUAAAGGUUUAACUUUAGACCUUUAACAUGAGAUUUAUUAACAUUUUUAUGAAAGAUUAUUUCAGUUGUUAUUAUCGAAAAUGUUACAAUAUUGAACUCAUGAUUAUGUCAACAACUAAAAAGAAAGAUAUAUUACAUUUGUUGUUCUCUAAAAUGUUUUGCUGUUGAAUUCUUGAUUAUGUCAACAAAUAAGAAAGAAGAUACAUGAAUGAAUACAUUUGUUAUUUUCUAAAGGUUUCGCUUUAGACAUUUCUUGUACGACAAAAUUAUUAAUAAAAAGUUCAA